AUGGCGAGGAUACCGCUCGAGAUUGUAUGGCAGGUCUUUGGUUGCUGCGAAGCUCCAACGCAGUCGUCUUUCCCGCGCUGUUGUCGUGCGUGGAACACGUUUUUCGGCCCUCUUCUGUACCAGGAUAACGUCAGAUAUCAUGGGUCCUCGGCAGUUUUUAAAACCAUAGCUAGUUGUCAGGAUGACGACAUUGCGGUAAGAACUCUCCAAGCCGCCUCUAAGGCUGGUGCAGAUUUCGACUCGCCUUUGUCGAUGGCAUUGCCGGAGCUCUGCCAUGAAACUGUGUUCUCCGUCACCCCGCUGUAUCUGGCUGCGUCAACGGGCAGAGAACGGAUAGCCACCUUCCUCCUUGAGCAAAACGUCGACGUCGAUGGCGCCCCAGAUCUUCAACUACGGACACCUUUGUUCAUAGCGCUUAUGAAGAAGAACGCAUCGCUGUCCCUAACCCUCUUGCGUAGGGGGGCCAAUCUCGAGUCGAGCAGUUUCGGAAUCAACGCGCUGCACCAAGCUGCUGCUGCUGGCCUCAAGGAAGUCGUCAGCUAUCUCGUAGAAGAGAGAGGGAUGGACAUUAACGCAGGCGACAGAAACGGCGAUACGCCACUGAUCCACUCACUGCUUUCGACUGCUCCGGCGGACAUUAUAUCGCAUCUCAAGCGGCACCAUGCUGAUGUCAAUAAGCCGACAACCAUCGAAGCGUGGCACGUGUCACCACUUAGCCUGGCUUGCGAGGAAGGCUUGUUUGGUGUUGCCCAGAGCCUCUUGAGAGCUGGGGCGGACGCGACAGGCGGGACGGAUCGUUUGGUCCCUGGCGCUGACCUCCAUUUGGGGCAUUAUGUGCAGUAUCCGCUCGAGCUGGCUUUGUUUGCUCAAACGCGACGGGGAGACGGCAGGACGUUGCUCGAGAAGAGGGAACUUCUAGAAAAGCUGCUUGCGGCAGGGGCGGACCCAAAUGUGACAGUCUGCAUCUCGGCACGUUCCAACUGGACCGGUCCGCUACUGAUGAAGCUGGUCCGUUCGAAGCAAAGAUGGGCCACUGAUUUCCUACUCUCGACAGGUCGUGUUGAGAUCGACAGACGCGACUCGAGAGGGGCGACCAGCCUCACGUGGUCCCUUUCUACCAGUCACGGCGACGCUCGUAUGGCUUCCGUCCUGUUGCGAUACGGUGCACAGCCGGAAGCGAGCCAUUUGCGGAAAGUCAUAGGAACCCUACAGCUCCUGACCGCUGUGACCGACUACUGGGGGUUAAUCACCGUUUUGACGAAAGAGCCAAAGCUCCUAGCCGUAUUCCGGGCACUGUAUACCCACUGCUUCCACGCCGCUCUGAGAAGAAGAGACGCCACUGCAUCCUCGUUUCUCCGAGAGUCCCCAAGACCGGUGGUUCGUCUCGUCACAGAAAUGUGCAAGCUGAACAUCAGCUUGACCAGGACGGGGGUAUUCAAAAUGAUAAAGCUCCGGUCGGGGGGGAAUUGGCACAACGGUCCAAUCAUCCCUGGUCUAUUCUCCUAG